AUGCCUGGCCAGCGACUGCAAGGCUGCCGCUCCCUCCACAUAAACGAAGACAACGGCCGCUUCUUGCUGCUCGCAGUCUUGAUUAUUCUGUAUCUGCUGUCCGGUGCCGCAGUGUUUUCCGCUAUAGAGAGGCCUUCGGAGGUGCAGGCGCAUGACAGAUGGAACAGGACACUUUUCAACUUCAGUGAGACGUUCAACAUCAGCUUGGAGGAUCUGAACUCUUUUCUACGGGAGUACGAGACAGCUAUUGCCGCGGGGAUCCGAGCUGACGCUCUCAGGCCGCGAUGGGAUUUUACAGGGGCUUUUUACUUUGUUGGGACUGUGGUAUCAACUAUUGGUUUCGGGAUGUCUACCCCGGUGACGGUGGCAGGGAAGGUGUUCCUGAUCUUCUAUGGUCUCCUUGGUUGCGCCGCCACCAUCUUGUUCUUUAACCUCUUCCUGGAACGUAUUAUCACCCUCCUGGCCGUGGUAAUGAAGGCCGUGAGGGAACGGCGCAUCCGGAACUCCGGACUCCUCCCGCCGGGUAUCCGCCAUGAUUUCUCGGCGUGUUCGUUCCCGGGGUGGAAGCCGUCAGUCUACCACGUCAUGUUGAUCCUGGGGCUGUCUGCCAUCAUCAUCUCCUGCUGCGCCUCAGCCAUGUACACCCCUGUGGAGGGAUGGGCCUACCUGGACUCACUCUACUUCUGUUUCGUCACAUUUAGCACCAUUGGCUUCGGGGACCUAGUAUCAAGCCAGAGAGCGGACUAUGAGUACCAGCCGCUGUACCGUCUGGCUAACUGCCUGUUCAUCCUCAUGGGCGUGUGCUGCAUCUACUCUCUGUUCAACGUCAUCUCCAUCGUCAUCAAACAGGUGCUCAACUGGAUGCUUCAGAACCUGUGCUGCCAGCGGUGCAACAUCAGGUCAAACUCUUUUCCGUUGGGACGCCGCAACGCCAUCCGGCCCGGGUCGAGAAUCCGUAAGGGCCGCUUCGGAAUCAGACGCCCGCCCGACUCUGGGGAUUCGGGACCCUGCGACAGCGACGCGGAGGGGGGAGGACGCAGACUCUCUGGAGAGAUGAUUUCAAUGAAGGACCUGACAGCCUCGAAUAAGGUCUCACUGGCACUCAUGCAGAAGCAGUUAUCAGAGUCUGCUAACGGUUAUCCCAGGACGGUGUGUGGCGGCUCGAGACAUAACGGGUUCUCUGGAGGAGUGGGCGCUCUGGGGAUCAUGAACAACAGACUGGCAGAGACCAGCAACUCCAGGUAG